CCGGGCGCUGCCGGCCCCAGCUCCCGGCCGGGACCCCGGGCUCCGGGCACAGCGGGGGCAGCGAGGACGUGACCCCUCCCGGGCUUAGCUGGAGCACAUGGAAAGCAGCCAGCUUUAUUUCCCCACGGGAGAAAAGGGAAAGGGAAAGAGGUCCUUGGAUGCUGGUGCUCUGCCUGGAAAAGAGAAAUUCCUGCAAAAUCCUCCUUGCUGGCCUGUCUCCCCUGGACACAUCCCUCUGUCUGGGUCUCCAAAUCCUGCCUGCUCCAGUGGCAUCGUGCCUGAUCUUCCUGCCAGCAAGAGUAGUAAAGCAGAGCUCGUGCCUGGCACGUGGCUGCCCUCCCUCUCAUGCUGCCCAUGCUCUGAGGGAGGAUCCAUCCCUCUGGCCAUGCAGAGCUGUUUGGAAAGGCCGUGGAGCGCCAGCGAGGGAAAGCAGUGAAGAUGCUGAGGACAAGGCUCCAGCAGUUCUGCCUCCACCCCCAGCCCAGCUGUGCCAUGUCUGGCGAGUCUGCGCAGCUCCCCUGUGUCUGUGGGACAGCCAAGGGGGACACUGAGGGGGACAGCAGCUGUUGGCAGGAGAGGGGGAGCAGAGAGGGGCAGAGCUGCCAUCAGCUCCGGGAUGCUCCGGCCUCUGAGCCAGGCGAGCAGGAGGCACGGACGGGACUGCUGGGAGGGAAAUCAAGUGGGACCUGCCAGAGGGACCCCGGGGGGCUCAAUGGGGAUGCACCACAACCCCCAUCGAAUGGCAGCAGCCUGGCCCUGCUGGAUGAGCCUGCAGCCCCCCCCAAGUGCCCUGGGUCUGCCCCAGAGCUGCCCCCAACAGCAGACAGCCCCACGGCCAACCCCAGCCAGGAGUGGAAAGUGGUGAAGAUCCAACGGGUUCUCAUCAACCCUGACUUUGAGCCAAGGAAAGCAGGUCUCUCCCGCAGCGCCAGCCUCUCGGAGAAGGAGCUGAAGGAGGCGAAGGCGCGGAGCCAAAGGAUCGCGGCUCAGCUCACCACGGCGCCCGGCCCCAGCUCCAAGGGCGUCCUGCUGUUCCACCGGCGCAGGCAGCGCGUUGAGGGGCUCACGGGGGCCGGGCAUGGCGGGGGGCUGCCGCUGAGCCCUGAGCCCCAGCCUCGGCAAGCGGCCAUGGAGCAGGGCCAGGGGCAGGGGAUGAAGCCGGAGCCCGACCAGCCUGGCAAUCCAGGAGAAGGGAUGCUGGCAAACGCCUCCCCGUGCCAGGAGCUUCCUGCUGAAGCCCAGCAGGUCCCACUCAGUGUUUACCUGAAGGAGAACAUGGCAUCAGCUGCCACCAACGGCGUGCAGGAGCAGGCAGCCGGCAGGAUGGAGAGAGGGGUGGAGGCGCUCGGAAAUGGAGGAGCCCCUGCAGGGCCAAACACGGCUGCUCUUGUCCUGCCACAGAGCCUCGAGGAGGGGAAGAACAUCGAAGUGCCCAGUGAGGUGCUCGGUGAGGUGCCUAGAGAGGUGCCCAGCGCGCCAGCGGGGACAGCCACAGGGAUGGCAUCUCCAGCCGGGCAGCAGCAGAACGGGGCACAGGGCCGGCAGUACUAUGAGGUCCAUCUCACCCUGGCCAAGCCCAAGCCUGUGAAGAACCGGACAGCCAGACCCUUUGGCACCCAAGCAUCCCCUGCCAGUGCCCAGCCGGCCGAGGAACCUCCUGCCCCCGAGCUGCCCCCACCACCAACCUAUGCAGAGACCCUCAGCAGCCCCCCACCGCUCACCCGUGUCCGCUCCCCCCCCGCCUACUCGGCCCUGUACCCUACCCAGGAGCAGAAGAUGCUGCCAGAUCCCCUCCUGAGCUGCGGGGUGAGCGGACCAAACCCCUUGCCCAAAACAGGGAUCCUGGAGGAGUCGGCUGCCCGGAGAGCCAGCAGAAAGUCCAUGUUCACCUUUGUGGAGAAGCCGAAGCUGGGCCCCAACCCCGACCUGCUGGACUUGGUUCAGAGUGCAGAUAGCAGAAAGAAGCAGAAGGAGCACGGGGAGCCCAGCGCCGAGGAUGAGCCCUUCGCCCUCGGGGCUGAAGCUUCGAACUUUGUUCCCAACAGCACAGCCAGGGGUGUGCAGCACCUCCCGCCAGCUGAGGAUGCUCCGGCAUGGUCCUCCUGCCUCAAGUCUCCCACCAUCCAGCCCAAGAAGAAGCCACAGCCCAGCCACAUCCUCAGUGAAGCGAGAGGGAAGGGGGCUGAGCUCUUUGCCCGCCGGCAGUCCAGGAUGGAGAAGUUCAUCAUUGAGGCCCCCUCUCAGCCCGAGUUGUUACGGUCCCCAUCACCCACCAUGUCCCUACCUCCCUCCUGGAAGUAUGAUAACAAUGCUUAUCUGUCACCUAUGGUCUCCAGACGCCCCUCCAAGAGUCCCAGCAGGCCCUCCAAAACCCCUCCUGCAUCACUGUAUGGCAGCAACCUAGGGGAGAAUGAGGUGUCCCAGAAGGAGCUGGAGAUCUCCAAGCACCAGCCUUACCAGCUCCAGUCUUCUCUCUUCAUCCUCUCCCCAUCCAAGGGGCCAGCAAGGUCCAUGCCCCAGGAGAUGCCUCCACCCAGACCCUCUCUUCCCGACUCCUACCCCUACACCCAGCAAGCCUCCUGCCCGACCUCUCCGUUGCCUCCUUCUCCGGUUUGGCAUCCCCCUGUGGUGCCCAGUGCCGGCCAGACCACUGCCAGCCCCUUCCCCAGUGCUGCCGGGGCUCUGCCCCUGACUCACGACAGCCGUGCCAGUCCUGGAGCCCCGGCUGAGGUGCUGCUGGCCUCCCCGUGCCGCCUGCUGCCGCCCCGGGCCAAGGCAGGCUUCCAGGCACCCCGGCCCUCCUACUCCACCAGGAAUGCCGGCAUCGAGCCGCAGGACAGGCGCUCGUCCCUCCCUGCGUCGCCCACCUGGACGCCCCGGCUGGCGCGGCGCCCGGGCAGCCUGGACGGCUGGGCCAGCCCGGCCUCGGUGCCCGAGCUGGAUGAGGGACCUCCCACGUCCCCUCCGUGGAGCGAGAGGUCCCUGUCCCCGCUGCGGCAGGACGCGGACCCCCGGGCCAGCCGGCAGAUGCAAGCGCGGCUCGCCAGGAACAUCAUCAACGCUGCCCGCAGGAAGAGCUCCUCUCCCAAAGCCGUGGGGCUGGAGAACUCCCGACCCUUCACCCCCAUCUCUGCCGGCCCCCCCAGCCUGCCCCAGUCGCCCCGGCUGGGGCCCAGAGCGCCGGCACUGCAGGCUGCCAGCAGCGUGCUGGGGAGCCUGGCCAGCCCCUCGCCCACCCACAAAAGCCCCCUGCGAUCGCCCCGGGCAGGCAGCCCCCAGUUCUGUGCCUCCCCCGGGAUGCCCCGAGCCGCCUGGGCAGAGGGUCGCCGGCUCCUGUUGCCAUCCAGCGCGUCUUCCUGCCCCGUGCCCAGGCUGUCUCCCAUCCCCAAGAGCCCCCUGCCAUCCCCCGUGGUGGGUGGGCGGUCCCCAGCCAAGCGUUGCACCUCCCGGUCCCCUACGGACUCGGACGUCUCCCUCGACUCCGAAGACUCGGGGACCAAGAGCCCGGGAAUUCACAGCUUCAAUCUCUGUCCCCGGGGCUGGACCAGCAGCCUGCGGCUGAAGACGGGGGGCCUGCCCUCAGGGGCACCCUGCACCUCCUAGAAAAGCCAGCCCCCGCCAAACCACCCUCUCCCUAGACCCAUCACCCCGGGUGAUGCCACCCGCUCACCCCCCACCGGGAACACACCAACCCCCGAGGCUGAAGUCUCCAAAAAACAGUGUCCCUUCGGAGAUGCCACGGCCCCUCUGUGUGCCAGAGGGGUCAGGUGCCUCAUGCCCGCACGCCAUCCCAUGGCCCUGCUCUAUUUUUACCACCCUAACCUUUCGGGGCAGGACUGUGUGGUCAGCAGGCAGGAGCAGGCAGAGUGGGGGAGCCGGCCCCCCCACGGCCUCUCCCUCGGCAGUCCCUGCCUGCCAGCCAGCCCCAUCCCGCAUAGCCAGGAUGGGAUGGGCUGGGUGGUCCCCAGCUCCCAGAUGUUAUCCCGGGGUGUCACCGCAGCUCUGCUUCCCUGGGGUGGCACAGCUGCUGCGGGUGGGCAGCAUCGAUUGGAUGCCAUGACCAGGGUCCCUCUCCCAGCCUCUCACAGCCUCUAGAUUUGGCUGGUGUCAAUUGAAACCAGAUUUUGGAGAGGAAAAGUUAAUUUUUAAUUCCCUCCAGUUAUUCACUGAUUUUUUUUUUUUUUUAAACUUUUGACCCUGUCUCAAAGAAAUUCUCCCAAGUCCUUCUUUCCCUGGAGAACAAAAAGAGCCAAAGUUAUUUAUUGCCACGUUAAGGGGACUGUUUACAGGUGCUCUCCUGCCCUGCCCAGACCAAGAGGGACAGCCCCAUCUUGUACCUAUCACUGUCCCCAUACCCAAGUUCAUCACAUUGCCAUUCCCAUCCCCUCUCCAGUGGGAUGGAGGCACACACAGGAACUGAUGGGUGCUGUGACAGCCAGGGCAGGUGGGAAGAAGUGGGGGACCAUGGGGGCUGAAGGAAAUGGUAGAAGUUGCAGAGGGUUUGAAGGAGGUGUCAGCACAGAAGGUGAUUCUGAGCAUGUUGGUGUUCCCACACCUUGGGGCUGGUGAGACCAGCACUGGACAAGAGGUUGCCUUUGGGCUGCCAGGCCUCUGGUAUAUUCCCAUUCAGGAUGCCCAUCACCCCUUCCCUUUCCCCAGGACACGCUGUUGAAGCCAGCCCAUCCCUGUUCCCUGGAGUACCUCCACACUGCAGGCUGCCCUUUCUGGAACACAGCCCCAGUUCCCAGGACACAUCUCCCACCCUCGCUGCAGCAGCCACCACAACCUGCCUUCACCGCACCGCUGUAUACCCAGCUCAGAAAUAAACAGCCGUUAUCCCA